CACGCCGCGUGUACACGCACCGGACGUAGCCAUUCGGCGGGUAAGAACACUAAAGACAAAAAGCAGUUCUCAAAAGCAUUUUUAACAGCGGGCGUUAAAGAUCCCCUUAUGCCCUUCGUUUUGCGUGCGGGCAUUAGGGUCCAAAUUGGUAGACUAAUGCCCCAGGUCACUAAUUACAAAUUAAACUUUCCCACCUGAUUAAACAAAAUACAUUUGAAAUUGUGUUUGAUAAUUCACAUCUGUAUGUUCACAUCUCCUGGGCAUCUCGCUCACCCAAGCAUUAUACAAGACGUGCUGUUCGCAGGCACAUGUUGUCUGCCGAGUACUAAUGAGGGUCAACUCCGUUUAGCUUUUGAGAUCUGACCAGACCGGACACAUUCAGGGAUCGUUAACAACCCGAAAAAAAACCAUUGGGGAGCUAAAGGCUCGUGCCCAAAGAGGAGCUCCGCUUCUGCCGAAGUGCAGCAAGGCAGCAAUUAGAGCGGCAGAGACGACCUUUGUGAGUGCGUCACUCGGUGGAGCUGGAUCCAGUGACCCCCGUGCGAUAGGUCCAUGCCGCCGGAGUGAACGAUUCGGAAUGCAAUUUGUGCGCGCGUGGCAAGCGCUGUUCGCUCGUUGGUGCAAGGCCCCGAAGAGAAAUUCUUGGAGCCCGGGUGUCAAUAAUAUCUCCCCCCCCCCCACCCUGCUCGCGCUCAAACUUAAUAAGUACACAAACGCUGCGAGGCGGUUACAAGAAGAGUAAGCAAGCGAGUAAAUAAAUUAAUAAGUAAGCAACUUACAUAAAUACAUCAGCACCACCCGCCCCCCGCGAUUCACUCAUCUUCUCGCCGGUGCCAUCUCUGCGCUUCGUGGCGCCCGACACGGGGCCCACGAACGGGGAGGCAGCCCGUUGUCUCGAGACCAACCCGGCCAAGCCUCCCGCGUGAGCGGCUGUGGAUUGGCGCCGCCGGCAGCCACGGCGACGAGCGAGCUACGGGCUCUGAGGACAAAGCAAUCAGGAGACUCCAGCGGCGGCGCGUGCACCUGGCACCAUGAUGCUGAAAAGUGGCGAUAGCAGAGCGCGGUUGUUUGGGGAGGAGAGCUUGGAGAGACUCGGGCUGCUGGAGAGCAGCCAACGCCUCAAGCCGCAGGAGGCGCAAAACUACCGGCGCAAGGCGCUCGUCAUCUCGUGGCUGUCCAUCUUCAUCACGCUCGCCCUCGCCGUCGCCGCCUUCACGGUGUCUGCUAUGCGCUCCAGUGCGUCAGCGUUUGGAUUUGGCUUCGACGCUCUACUCGACGUGCUGUCCUCUGCUAUCGUGGCGUGGCGCUACAGCAACGCGGCGGCCGUGCACUCUGCGAUGCGGGAGUACAUGGCGUGCGUGGUGCUGGGCGUCGUCUUCAUCAUCUCGUCGCUGUGCAUCGAGGGGAAGGCCAUCCACGACCUGGCCGUCAAGAUGCUCCCAGACGUGGACACUUUCCUGUUCACGGUGUCCAUCCUGAGCGGGGUGCUGUGCCUCCUCCUUGCGGCUGGCAAGUUCCUGCUGGGCAAGGUGCUCACGAGCUGCGCCCUCAUCACGGACGGGUUCAACUCGCUCGUGGGUGCCGUGAUGGGCUUCAGCAUCCUGGCCAGCGCCGAGGUGUUCAACCACUACCCCGACAUCUGGUACUUGGACGGCUCCACGGGGGUUCUCAUGGGACUCGUCAUCUUUGGCUACGGCGUCAAGCUGCUGGUGGACAUGGUGCCUCGGGUACGGCGCGCACGGCUCUACGAGAACCUCGGCUGAUGGCGGAGGAGGCGCAGUGGAGGCUGCGCUCGGCUCGCACUCUCAGACGACGCUCGUGGAUUUGUAUCGGCAGCCUACGAGGGGAUCCAUGGAGGUCACGCCCUCGAUUGUGACACAAGCAAACACAACGUAUGCUGCUGGUCAAAGUGCAUCUGUGGAGAACGCGUGCGGUAUUCAUCUCGAGUUUCAAAUUCCUGCCUUGUCCUUUUCCCCAUACACGCAAAUUGGCGUUGUACACCUGGAGUUGAAUGCCACCUGUGCCAUGUGUUGCUUGAGACUGUGCGAGUGAUUUGGUGCUUGAGGCUUCUCAGGCAGCAAGCGGUCCUUAUUACCCAGUCGAAGGUGACUUGGUGUCAGCUCAAGCGUGGAUUCUCACAGCACACGUUAUCGAUGAAUUACUGGCUGAUGUGCACUUUUUAACACUUCCAGGUUAAGGUUAAGGUUAUUUAAAUAUUAAGCUCAGAGGUUAAAGAUUAAGGAACAAAGCAAUGGUCCUGAAGGAUGGACAUGACUCUUCUUGAAAUGUUUCCUCGAUUCUUAAGUUUGACGAUGGUCGUCGUUUUCAAGGCGACGUUCGACCACACGUGAAGCGCUGUGGUCGCAACGAAUCACGCCUCUCUCUUAAAAUAUCUCUGUCUUUUGUUUUCGAGUUUGUUAAAGACUUACGGUGCAGACCAGCGGGGCCUCAGCCUCUGCUCCGUGGGCCACUGGCGGUCUGCAAAGCCGUGGGAAGUUGUUUGCAGAACCGUUGCAGGCUGGCAGUGGCCUGUAUGUUCAGGACGUUUGGGAAGCAUUGGCGUAAAUUAAAAAUCGAAGAAUAUAAUUUGUAGCUGGCUUACGAGACUUCCAGAAGAUUCUAAAAAGUACGAUUUUAUUUUGUGUGUAUGUUUGCACAUACACUGCACAUGGGUAGUAUUGUUGUAUGCAACUGUAAUAAAAUAGCAAUGCCUCUUCUUUUCCUAAGCAGAAUGCUGAGAUGCCUGGUAAUGUGUGCAAGUUGUAAAGAGAAAGGUGGCAGGUUAUAGAAAGUAUAACUCAGAUUGUGAGAGUGAAGCCGAACACAAAGAACAAAACACUCACCUCGCCCGUCGAUACCGCUGUGUGGCCUUAAAAGGAAAACAAAAAUCUAUAAUCGGCAACGUUUUGGGAAGUGGGCUUCCUUUAUAGCACAUGAAUGAGAGGUCAGAGAGUGGAUAAGAGAUGGAGACUGCACCUUGCACCAUGGGGCCUUAAAGGAAUUAGAAAUGAAAAAUGUUUUCAAUUGGCAUAUGAAUAGUUAAUGAACUGAGUAACAAACACUUUAACAAUAAAACAUGUAUGACUAUGUAAA